UCUGCGCUCCGCAUUCUCCGUUCGUGUGCGGGGCGGCCAAGUCACGUGAAUGACGACGAGCUGAGCGCGCGGCUCCAUUGCCGGCCACCAUCGCCUCUCGCACUCCAACUUGCGCGCUGCGCUCGGACAUGACCACAUUUAUUACAUUGUCGACGGUCGGCGCGAGCGUGCUUCGCAGUUGACGCGGCGCACACACAGCUCUCCGCACGGAAUUUUCGCGAGUUUUCGCGCUUCAAUGUGCGCCACCAUCCAGCGCGCAAUUUUCAACCAUCGAUAAACGCAACCGACACGAGAGAGCGCACGAUGGCCAAGUGGCAGAAGACGCAGCUCCUCGGACCUGAGUACAUCAGCCAGAUUCAGCUUCUCUACAGCAACGACAAACUAUUUCCGAUUGAAGUGCGGCAUUAUCUUGCGGAUUGGAUCGAGGAGCGCUUCACUUGUGAUCCACAACAAUGGCAGAGCGAUUCUUCACUGGAUAUUUAUGUGAAGACCACCAUCGAGGCUUUUAUCUUGGAGAUAGACAAUCGCAGUGGUGUUAUCGAGGAUUUUCUCACCAAGAUGAAACUUGCAACAGCCGUAAACAACUACAAAUCAUACUAUGAGGAUAAAUAUCAUAAUCUAUAUGACCACAUCAGAAACAUGUUGAUGGCUGAAGAUCGCAUCUAUCGCGUCGCCUGUGGUGAAAUAAUCGACACAAAUUCGCAGUUCGCCACCGUGGAGACAAUGAUCGCGCAGCAGUUCAGCCAACUGAGCGAUAACACACGCGAGAUUUCACAGGAUCUUAAACGUUUGGAAGAGGAACAAGAGACAUUCGCCAUCAAUUACCACGACUGCACCAAGUUGAACGCAGCGCUCACAAACAUGAACAACACCGAGGCGCAGAAGAUCGAGCUGAACAAUCGCAAACAGGAAAUGGAGAUGAAACUACGCGCUGGGAUCAGUCAUCUGAUGGAAUCACGCGUAAAUAUUAUGAACAAACUUUCAGCCAUCUACGUCGGCGUCAACGAGCUGCAGUGUAAGAUCCUCGACGACGAGUUGAUUAAAUGGAAGCGCGAACAGCAGUUGUACGGUAACGGCGCGACGUUCAACAAUAACAAACUCGACGCCAUUCAGCAGUGGUGCGAGAACCUGGCGGAUUUGAUUUGGCUGAAUCGGCACUCAGUGAAGGAGUUUCAGCGCCUCAAACUGAAACUCAAUCUGGAGACUGAAGUGUCCGAUAAUAGUACAAAGUUAUUGGCGGAUUUUACGCAGUUGUUGAGCUCGCUGGUGACUUCAACGUUUAUCAUCGAGAAGCAGCCGCCGCAAGUCAUGAAGACAAACACACGUUUCACAGCGACUGUACGUUUAUUGGUCGGUGGGAAGUUAAACGUUUACAUGAGCCCGCCACAAGUGCGGGUUUCGAUUAUUUCGGAGAUGCAAGCGAAUGUCAUGUUGAAGAAUGACAAAAUCGGCAAGAAUGGCGACGCCAGCGGCGAGAUUCUUAACAAUACCGGUGCAAUGGAGUACCAGGCGAGUACUCGGCAAUUAUCCGUCAGUUUUCGCAACAUGCAACUGAAGAAAAUCAAGCGCGCUGAGAAGAAAGGCACUGAAAGUGUCAUGGAUGAGAAAUUCUCGUUGUUAUUCCAGUCGCACUUUAGUAUUGGCGGUGGUGAAUUGAUGUUCCAAGUGUGGACGCUUUCUCUGCCCGUGGUUGUGAUUGUCCAUGGUAAUCAGGAACCGCAUGCAUGGGCGACAGUUACAUGGGACAACGCUUUCUCUGAACCGGGACGUGCGCCUUUUGCUGUACCGGAUAAAGUGCAAUGGUGUCACGUGGCGGACACAUUAUCAUUGAAAUUCAUGGCGGCGACUGGUCGUGGUCUCGAUGAGGAUCACCUACGCGUGCUGGGCGAGAAGGCAUUUAGAGGAACCACACCGGAUGCGAAUCAGUUACUCAGCUGGGCGCAGUUCUGCAAGGAGCCGCUGCCGGAUCGAAACUUCACAUUCUGGGAGUGGUUCUACGCUGUGAUGAAACUCACCAAGGAACACCUGCGUGGGCCGUGGGUAGAUGGUGCUAUUAUAGGUUUUAUUCGAAAGACAACGCUGGAGGAGAUGUUGCUGAACUGCCCGUAUGGUACAUUUGCGUUGAGGUUCUCCGACAGCGAGCUGGGUGGGAUUACUAUUGCAUGGAUCACGUCACCCAGGGAGGUGUUCAGUCUCCAGCCGAAUACAGCGAAAGAUUUCAGUAUCAGAUCGCUGGCCGAUCGUAUCCGGGACUUGGAUAAUCUGGUGCAUCUGUUUCCGAACAUUAAUAAAGAUGAAAAGUUCGGAAAAUAUUAUACUGAAAAUCAGCCCACAAAUACGACGAAUGGUUAUGUCAAAUCGAAGCUGAUAACGACAAUUGAUCGACAAGGUGGUGGCAGUAUAAACAACACGCCGCUGCACAUGACCUCCCCGGAAUAUUCCAACACGCGGGACACCAAUUCAGUAGCAAGUUUUUACUCCGACGCAACCGGCACCACCACCGGCGGGCCCAUGGAGGGCUACAUGAACUACACCGACAUGUUCAAUGGCAUCGACCCGUUCUCGCCGCAAUGAGAUGAGUGGAUGAGCGUAGAUCCCGAGGCGUUUUUUGCUUAACGAAAAGAAGGUAAUUUGCAAUAGUAGCUCCUACGUUUUUUAAGUCUAUUUUAUAAUAAUUAUCCUCUGUUUUAAAUUGUCAAUCUCAGCUUCAUCGUUUGCGAACGAUUUAAUUUAUUUUCGGAAACACGCUUAAGAGAUUCAGAAAUUUAUGAAAUUUGUUAUUAUUUCUGCGUUAGUACAAGUACAAAGAAGAAGAAAAUCAAUUUCCAUCCUGCAGACCAUGAAUAUUACAAGAAAUAUUAAUAUUGUUAUAGCAUCAUACUAGUUGAAAGAUGUUUACCGUAGUUUUACACAUUUUACGACUUGAUAAAUGAAGAAAUUGUUAAUCACACGGACCUAAAUAAUUAUUAACUAUGAAGUAAUAUGAAAAUUAGUCAAUAUUUUCAAAGAAAAUCAUCUAGACACAGAUAUUUUUGCUAGAAUGUGAGCACUAUUGUGACGCUUACAAUGUUGGAACAUUUAUUAGAUAUUUUGAUCUCUUUAUAUUAUCCGCUAGCGAAGCGUAGUGUUGCGACGACUUCCUAGCGCCACGUGUUGGGAUGAUGAAUACAUUGUAAACGCAGUCGCCACCCCCUUGAUUAUGUGCCUAUUGUUGAAUUAAUUGUUGAUUAGCGAACCAUUUACAUGCUCGCGACCAAAGAGAGGGACAACGAACGCGGCGAGAAUUGAUAUUAGCAUUUUUUCAAAGAGACAAGAUUGUGCUGCACAUACACACACAUACCCAAACUCACACUGCAUUACUGUAUGAUAGAUGUUUCUAUUUCUGUGUAGUGUAUUCAAAUUACUCUGAUAUUUUAUUAUGUAAUAUGACAGUUUCUCUUUGCGAUAUUAAGGAUUUCCAUAAUAAUAACAGACAUCAUAAACGUUAA